CAUGUUAAACAUGUUUUUGUUAAAUAUUCUCAUCGUUUUUUCGCAAAUUAAUUUAAAAAAUAAUUAAAAAAAAAGCCGCAAUAAUUAUGCAUCAACCUAAUAUCUCUUCGUAUUUCCCCCCUCCACUUGUUCUCAGUGGCGUCAAGUUAUUCUUGGUCACAUUCGCACGUCAAAAUUUAUUUUCACAAGAUGUUUUGUGCUAAAAAUUCUUCUACCGAAAGUGACAGUAGCGAUAAUAUAAGUCCUGUUCGAAAAAAAUGUAUACGAGUUAUUGAUGAUACUUCUGACGAUGAUCAACUACCAGAGCCAUGGCUUUGGCAAGAAAGAAGAAAUAGUCAAAAAAUCUGGUACUAUACGAUGACUCCUGGUAUAAGAGCGGCAGCCUUACGUCAACUAGGAGGAAGUAGAAGACAGUUAGAUGUAUUCAAUCUAAUAUUUGAUGACGUAUUCUGGGAAAAUAUUGUAACCGAAACUAACCGGUAUGCAGAUCAAAUACGAACGAAUUCACGCAGAACACGACAAAUCGACGACAGUUGGUUUCCUGUAGAUUCUAACGAAAUUAAAAGAUAUUUCGCGUUAACCAUAAUAAUGGCACAGGUAAAAAAACCAAGAAUACAAAUGAAUUGGUCGAAGAGGGCUGUUAUCGAAACGCCGAUAUUUAGAAAAUCAAUGCCUUUGAAAAGAUAUUUGCAAAUUACAAGGUGUUUGCAUUUCGCAAAUAAUAAUCUGGUUGCCAAUACAGAUAAAUUGAGCAAGAUUAGACCUGUGAUCAAGUUUUUAAACCAACAAUUUAAAGAAGUAUAUAUAAUGAAAGAAGACAUUGCUAUUGAUGAAUCGCUUAUGAAAUUCAAGGGGCGCCUAUCUUAUAGGCAAUUUAACCCAUCAAAAAGGGCAAGGUUUGGCGUUAAAUUUUAUAAAUUGUGUGAGUCCGAUUCAGGCUAUUGCUAUGAAUUUAAAAUAUAUACAGGCCACGAUAAAAUAAACCGUGAUGAUAGCGCUUCGGAAAGUGUUGUGAAAGAGCUUUCUGAGUCAGUGUUGCACAGGGGUCACACUUUAUACAUAGAUAACUGGUAUUCUUCCCCAAAAUUGUUUAUGACAUUAUCGUUCAAUUAUAAAACAAAUGUAAUUGGCACAGUACGUGGAAAUAGGAAGCAUAUGCCAAAAGAUUUGUGUAAUAUAAAAUUAAAAAGGGGGGAAUAUGCAAUAAGAAGCUGCAACGGAAUACUAGCUAUAAAAUGGAAAGAUAAGCGAGAUCUUUAUAUUAUGGCGACAAAACAUGAAACAGUCGAAAUGACUACACAAGGAUUCAACCGUACUCCAAAACCAAAUUGUAUUAGAGAGUACAAUAAGGGAAUGAAUGGAAUUGAUCUCCAAGACCAAAUAUUAGCAUGCUUUCCAGUAAUGAGGAAAUACAUGAAAGGCUAUAAAAAAUUUUUUUUUUAUCUGUUCGAUAUUGGUCUUUUUAACUCAUAUAUUUUAUGCAACAAAAUAAAUAACGGGAAGAAACAAUGUUACGUUGACUAUAGAAUCAAGAUAGCCGAAUCUCUAUUGGAGAAUAUGCCAAAACCAUAUUAUAAAGAACGAAGACAAUUAUCUUCCGGAGAUAUGCCAGAGAGACUACACGGGAAGCAUUGGGCUCAUUUUCCAAAACACAUUGACCCAACAACAUCAAAGUUGAGACCAUCGAAACCAUGUAAAGUUUGCCAAAAAAAUAAGAAACGUAAAGAAACAACGUGGGAGUGUAAGAAAUGUAAAGUUCCCUUACACCUACCAGAAUGUUUCGAAUUAUAUCAUACCAUUGUAGAUUUUUAAUUUUG